AUGAGCUGCUCGCACCAUUGCCAUCAAACUCAUCAAAACCCAACACCUGUGAUAAUACAGCCAACAGCAACCUCACAGUUUAGACCAGUAUGUUUUAACCCAGCAACAAGCAGCAAUAUGAUAACUACAUGUAACCCAGUUUCCUCUGCCACAUCGUCAUCGUCAUCAUCUUCUUCUUCUUCUGCUGCUGCUGCUGCUGCUGCUAUAUCCGUACCUUCCUCAUUACAUUUACAACAAAACAAAAACACUAUAAUCACACCAUCAUCAACACCCUCAAACAUUCUUGGCUCUUCGCCCACAGCCACUGAAGAAGCCAACGCAUCAGCAACAGUAUCUUCAACUUCAUCGAAUGGUCACAAACGUCUAUCUUCUUCGUCAACAGAUUCAAGCAAACGCCUCAGGCUAGAUAGUGGGCACCACUUGACCACCUCUGCAUCGUUACCGAAACAAGAGAAGGUGGAGGGAAUGAUGGCAAAUGGUGGUUCUGCUGUUCUGGCUACUCUGGCUGCUCUGGCUACACUGGUUACACUGGUUACUCUGGCCACUCCAGCAAACUCUUCCACAACAAUUAGCAACCAGCAACACCCAACAAUGUCAACCGAAAAUACAACAGUAACUACAUUGCCACAGGCUACAAUCUCCAAGACUCCUAAAUUUAUCCGCAAAUUUAGAUCGAGAUCUUUACCAAUCAUCAACUACAACAACCCUGGGUCAGUAUUCUUUCCUCACUUGAGAAAGAAGCAGAAUAUUUACCACCAACCAAACACUUUGAUUAGUGUACACGGAACAUCAUUAAAGAGGGAUGGUCCAGUCAACGCAUCUUCAUUCAACCCACAUGCCCCUGCUACUACUGCCCCCACAUUCACUUCCGCAUUAUCAUCUUCAUCUUCUUCUUCUUCUUCCUCAUCAUCAUCAUCCUCAAGUGUCCCACCUUUGCCUCCAAUCAAUUUACAAUCCCUCAAAGAGAUUGACUUGCAUGAAAUCCUCAAAAACCCACAAUUGCGUCAUGAUAUACUAUUCGACCCUCAGUUGCAAUUCAGACCCAAUCUAGAUGGUGAAAGAGGCAAGAGGAAAAAGACAAUUAUUGACAAGUACUGGAUGGAGAUUCAAAAAGAGUGUCUGCAAUUUUUCAACCAAGACCCACUGAAAAAACCCGAAAUCAGGAUUAAUCGUUUACCUAUACUAUUCACAACAUUGAGAGAUAUCUUACUCUCGCUCCUUCCUACCAAAGAUCGCCAGCAGUUUAAUGAGAUUAUGGACAUUGAACUUCUUGUGCAACAAUUGAAACAUGGCUCUUUUGACUUUGUUGAGAUGAGCAAAUGGCUUGGUGAUGUCUUUAAACUGCACUGUGCCCCAAUGAGAGAUUCGUGGGUACUGGAAAUGAACCAGAAAUUUCUCGAUGCUGCUACAUACAAUAGUGUUUCCUACGUUGUUGGUGGAUUGCGCAUGAUUUUUCAAAUUUUGGAAGCAAUGAAACUUGAUGUUGCAAAUCAUCAGAUUAGAAUACUCCGUCCAGUUUUAAUUGAAACCGCUGUGGAUUUUGAAAGAGAUUAUUUUCAAACACUCAUCAAUCACCAAAAGAUCAAUAUUCAAGACUCACUCAAUUGGUUCUACAAAAAGUUUAUGAAGAAGAGAGCAGAAUUGUCGCAAACCUCAUUGGAUGUAGAUGAGUUGAGUUUGAAACCCAUGAUUAUCAGUUCAAUUAUUGAUUUGUUGUCAUGUAGGCAAAUGGCUACAGAGUUUCCUUCAACGCUCACAUUUGACCACACAAGACUUGUGCUUUUGCGUGCAGAUGUUCGUCAACUAGUUUGUGUUCAACUUUGUAUUGUUUUGUACAAGCAACUCGUUGUAAACUCAAAGUCAACUACAAACUUGCUCGCGCCACAAAACAUUGCCAAAGUACAACAAGAGAUUUUGGCGAUUGUCACCGAUGAUAAUGGAAACAUCAAGUGGACCAAGAACAUUAACGCCAUCUCUUUACAAUUGGUUAAGAACCUUUAUCCGCUGGGUGCCAUGCCAAAUAAUUUACCACAAACGUUGGUGGAUUUUGCACAUAACUGGUUAAUGAAGCACAUCCAACCAAACUCGCAAGUCUAUGGUUUGAUGGAGAUCAAGGUGUUUAAAGAGCUCACUAGUGAGAUUCUCGCUACAAUUGAAACCGAUAAUGAGGGAUUAGAGAAGAAUUCGGCUCUUGCAACAAACACUACGGGUACUGCUGCAGCUGCAGCUGCUACUGCUAAUGCUGCAUCAACAGCAGUGCCAUCGACAAUAGUUCCAGCACCACCAACAGAAAUGAAGAAUAUCGCACAACGCAUUGCUACAUUAGUCAAGUUUCAUUGGAACGUGUUUGGUGGAUAUUACUUUGAUUUUGUCAAGUUGCAAUUUGCAAAAUUGCAAUUGAAGCAACAGAAGGAAGAAGAAGAAAAAUUGAAAAGAAAAAGGCGGCAACUUCAAGAGCAACAGCAGCAGCAACAGCAGCAACAGCAACAGCAACAGCAACAGCAAAAUGAUCAAAGCAUCAAUGCCGUGAAUAAACUGCAAGGAUUGCCUCAAAUAAAUGAGGACACUAUAGAAACUCCAGACAACAGAGGCGAGCUGCAACAAGAAGACCUGCAGCAAGAACAACAACCACAACAACAACUGCAAAUGCAUGAUGAUCAUCACCAUCGUAAUGAUAACAACAGCAAUAAUGUCGAUGACGACGAAGACGACGACGAAAAGACACGCGGUGACGAAAAUGGGAUCGAAAGUGCCAGUGCACCAUUGAGCAUGAUUUCUUAG